UUUAAUGAUGGUGUAAAGGCGAAGUACAGAGAAAGUUAGUUAGGAAUUGAAAGGGAAAGGAAGAUGAGUAGGGUUUGGUGUGUCGUGGCAUCAGCGUUGGCGUUGAUGAUGCAAUGGCACGGAGCGUGGGGUUCCUACGCCGGGACCGCUAGUGCCAUCAUAGACCCUUCCAAGGUCAAACAAAUUUCGUGGAAACCGAGAGCUUUCGUUUACGAGGGUUUCCUGACGGAAUUGGAAUGCGACCACUUGAUUUCCAUCGCCAAAUCGGAGCUCAAGAGAUCCGCGGUUGCAGAUAAUUUGUCCGGUGAGAGCAAGUUGAGUGAUGUCAGAACCAGCUCCGGCAUGUUCAUUUCCAAGAAUAAGGAUCCCAUUAUUGCUGGUAUUGAGGAUAGGAUUUCGGCAUGGACCUUUCUUCCAAAAGAAAAUGGAGAAGACAUACAAGUAUUAAGAUACGAGCACGGGCAGAAAUACGACCCUCAUUAUGAUUACUUUUCUGAUCAAGUUAAUAUUGCUCGGGGUGGACACCGAGUUGCCACGGUUCUCAUGUAUCUCUCUGAUGUAACCAAAGGAGGUGAAACAGUGUUCCCUAAUGCAGAGGAAUCUUCACAUCACAAAGGUUUGGGAACAAAUGAUGAUCUCUCUGAGUGUGCCCAAAAAGGAAUAGCAGUGAAACCAAAACGAGGUGAUGCACUUCUUUUCUUUAGUCUCUUCCCAAAUGCUAUCCCAGACACCAGAAGUCUGCAUGCAGGGUGCCCUGUACUUGAAGGUGAGAAAUGGUCAGCUACAAAAUGGAUUCAUGUGGACUCAUUUGAUACCGUGGUUGGAGGGGAGUGCAGUGAUCAGAAUGAAAACUGUGAGAAAUGGGCUAACCUUGGAGAAUGCACCAGUAAUCCCGAAUAUAUGGUUGGAUCUCCAGCUCUUCCUGGCUACUGCAUGAAAAGUUGCAAGGCAUGUUAGAACAAGUGUUGUUGAAUGCUUUCCAGAUUCCACUUGGUAUUAUUCAUUUUUUCGUGAAUUGUAAUGUAUUAUCUCUCAUCAUAUUGACUAGCUCCCUGAUAGUGUUCUAUUGCUUGGUCAACUUCAAGAGGUACAUUACUGAGUUAUGAAGUUGUAAUGGCAGGUAAAGCGGGAUUCACCAUUUUUUUUCUCGGAUACUUUUUGUACGUAAAACAACAAAGAGAGAAAUGGAAAUGUACGUUAUUUUCCCUA